AUGGAAAAUAUAAUGGGCUUUGCAGAUGCCACCACCUUGAGCCUUUUCCCAUCAGCCAUAGUCAACCCCACUAUGUUCUUCGACAUCGCCGUCAACGGUGAGCCCUUGGGCCCCGUCUCCUUUGAGCUGUUUGCAGACAAAGUUCCAAAGACAGCAGAAAACUUUCAUGCUCUGAGCACUGAAGAGAAAGGAUUCGGUUAUAAGGGUUCCUGCGUUCACAGAAUUAUUCCAGGGUUUAUGUGCCAGGGUUGUGACUUUACAAGCCAUAAUGGCACUGGCGGCAAAUCCAUCUAUGGGGAGAAAUUUGAUGAUGAGAACUUCAUCUUGAAGCAUACAGGUCCUGACAUCUUAUCCAUGGCAGAUGCUGAACCCAACACAAACGGUUCCCAGUUUUUCAUCUGCACUACUAAGACUGAAUGGUUGGUUGGCAAGCAUGUGGUUUUUGGCAAGGUGAAAGAGGGCAUGAAUGCUGUGCAAGCUACGGAGGGCUUUGGGUCCAAGAAUGACAAAACCAGCAAGAAGAUCACCAUUGCUGACUGUGGACAACUCUAA